AUAAAAGGGUUCUAACUGACAUUUUUUCAUAAAAUGAGGUUUUGGUGUAAUAAGGUUCUAACUGACAAACUGAAUGUAUUCUAAACAUCUGUUUUGGUUUAUGUCAGCUGAUAAUUUAAUAAUAAGCAAAAUAAGAUAGUUCUAUCUGCUAAAGUCACUCUUUUACAAUUGAAGAAGGUUCUAACUGCAACUUACAACCAUAUUGGUCCCAAAAACAAAUAGUUUUAGUUCAAUAAGGUUCCAUUUGCAGAUGGAACCAUGUUAUUUAAAUGAAUUAUCUUUUUCAAUGCAGUAAGGUUCUAUCAGCUGAUGUAAAAGCCUGAUUCAAUGUAUUAAGGUUAUUUUGCUUGCGGUUUUCCUAGAAACUGUAAUAUUAUUUAUUGGGAUGUUUUAUAACUAAUAUGAGUUCCAUAAACGAUAGUGAAAUAUUAGAGGCACUAGAUGAUAGUGAAGAUCAGUGUGCUCCAAGAAAUCAGAGUUUCACUUCUGACAGGUAAGAAAUCUAACCUAAAAUAACCCAUACUGAUGUUUUGCUCUAAACCAUUAACAUAGAUAAAACAACAUUAAAACUGGUAAAUGGCUAUAUACCAGAAUCCAAAUUGAAUGCUAAAUUUGUGUAUUUUAUUCAAAUAGCUAUGAUUUUAUCAAUCAAAAUUUCUAUUAAAGUCUAUAGUGUUUUCAUUUGGUUAUAAUUCCAUUAGUUUUAUUCAUGUAUGUUCUGAAUUUUUUCUUUGAUUUUAGCAAUGCUGGUUCAGAGAGCAAUCUUGAUCAAUGUGUAAACAACAACUAUGUUCCUACAAAGGGUGAUCCCAAUGAACAAGGAGAUGACAUCCAAGAUGAACAAGUAGAAGAAUAUCCCACUGAAUGUGUAAACAUACUAGAUCCAAGUAACUCAGAAAUUAAUUAUGGUGCACACAAUAACCUUGAGCAAUAUAUGGAGGACAUCCAUGAAGAAACCGCAGAGGAUAACCAUGACAUCAUAGAGGACAAUCAUGAUGAAAAUCACAGACAACAACCAUGA